AUGUCUCGAGGGCAGGCAGGCUGGUCGGACGAGCCGUGCACGUCGACCGGAGGCCGAGGCGCGCGUCAGUCGGCAGGACCAUCGUCGAGGACGACGCCGCCCAUUCUCGAGGACCGCACUUCCGGCACCGCGUCGUGCAAAGGUGGAUUCAGGUUAGGCGUUUACGGAUGGAGGAAGAGAUGCUUGUACUCUCUGGUCCUCGCUCUCAUGGUCAUCGUGAUCCUGAACCUGGCGCUCACCUUAUGGCUGCUCAAAGUCAUGGGAUUCAGUUCCGAGGGGAUCGGCUCCCUGAAGGUGGUGCCCGGAGGGAUCGAGCUCAGAGGUCAGGCCGCUGUGCUGGAUGCCCUGGUGGCCUCCAGCCUCAGAUCCAGACGAGGAAAGAAUCUGGUGCUCGAGUCGUGGAGCAACUUCACGGCGUCCGCCAGGUCGCACGAUGGCCGAUUGCUCGCCCGAUUCACCGUCGGCGAGGAUCGCGUGGACUGCGUGUCGAGAGGCUUCCGGAUAACCGACCAACGAGGUGGAAUUCUCUUCUCGGCGGAUAAGGAACAGGUGGUGGUGGGAGCGGAGAUGUUAAGGGUAACUGGCGAUGGGGGUGCUGUUUUCCAGGGCAGCGUUCAAACGCCUCUGGUUAGAGGGGAAUCUGGCCGUGGUCUCAGGCUGGAGUCAGCGACCAGGUCCCUGAAGAUCAGCGCUCCCCAACGAGUGGUAAUCGAAUCCUGGGCGAACGAGAUCUCGGCAUCGUGCCUGACAGACCUGAAGCUUCAAAGCGUGCACGGCGCAAUCAAAUUGGACGCGAAGACUCUCUUCAUGAAAGGCUUGAAGACAGCCAGUCCUAGUCAAGGCCACUCGUCGAGAGAACAGCAGCAGCAACAGCAACAGCAGCAGCAGCAGCAGCAGCAGCAGCAUUCCUCCAGAACGUCGUCUCACCAGAGUCAGAGAGACACGACCAUCUAUCAGUUAUGUGCCUGUGCUAACGGGAAACUGUUUCUGGCCAGGUCCGAAGGAACCUGUCAAGCGGACAAAUCGAUUUGCUAAUACUAAGACGAUCGAGCCAGAUCGCGGAUCGAUCGUUCGAAUGAAUCCUCGUGUAGAAGGAUCCUCGGAACGAUGAAGACAUCAACAUGGUUUUACAUCGGGUUGAAGCGCGGCAUAAACAGAUCGACGAGGCUAAGCUGAACUGCGGCAGACUAUGGCGAUGGAAAUUUCUGUCGCGUGGAAGUAGAAACGAGGUUGAGCGACGUAUGCUAGUCGAAGUCCCGGAGAUCGCCCGAGGCCUUUCGCUUUUCGCAGGUGUUCCCGUUCUAAAGCGACGCGUGGACGCUGGUUCCCACCGCGUUGUCUCGUCGUCGUGAACGACGAGAAAGGUGGGGGAAAAAAGAUGGACGCUAUUAGAGAACCGCGUUUCGUUGGUAAUUCCAGGGAAUAGAAUCCCUCCGAUCAGGUGGAUCGACAAACGACGAAGCUACUACAAAGUGAAUGUAUAUCUUGUAUAUUAACGAAAGUGAUUAUCGGUAGUCAGCGGCUGGUAAUCGAAAUCGUCAUCUCGUCUGUCCCCUCCCCCCUGCCCUGUCGUUAGAUCGAGUCGUUUCCCUUGCUCCGAUUCUCUCCUGUUGGUUUCUUUGCGCAAAAAGAAUCGUUCGCGUGGCCAGUCGAUAGGCAACGAUUUGCAGUUCCUUUGAGCCUGAACGAACGAAACUUCAGAAAGAAGAGGAUGAGAGAGAGAGAGAGAGAGAGAGAGAGAAAAUGUAUUUGAGAAAGAGAGAGAUGUACCUUGCCGUGUUAAAACUAUAGUUUCUAGCGUGCAAAAGAUCUGUGUGUGUUUUCGCUCGGUUCCGGAUUAGAGUGACGCGUCGCGAUUAGAGGAACCUUUAUUUUGGAGCGUGUUUUGCGGUUAAAGGGAGACGCAAGUGUAGUUCACUGUAAAAGGAUCCGGUUGUGUGAUCCAGCUUGCACGCUGUACAUCGGCCAUGUCCAUCUAUUUAUGUAUGUGGCAAUAAAGUCGUUAUUGUUACUAUUAUUACUAAA